CAAUAUAUAAACGGCAGCGCGGGAGUAAGACGCCAGUUUCAAGCGCAUUUCGAAUCAUAUUACCAAGUAACGCUCUACGUGCCGUUUCUUACUAAGCAACGAUUGUCAGCAUUUGCUGUACAUAUAGUAAAUAUCUAAUAACUAUAUUGACUCGGACGGUCAAUUGUAAAAGAGAGUAAUAGUGAUCGAAAGUACGAGAAAUAUGGUUUCGCCUCUAUUGCCACUAUUGUUGUCGGCAGCCUACAUGGGAGAUGUGCAUCCCAGCCGGCCGACAAGCCGACUGCUAGAUCAGGACUUUGGUCUUGGCCUGCAACCUGAGCAGCUCGUCUUCUCUCGCUACGGUUACUACAUACCUCGCGAGCGUUUGCUCGAUAUUUACUUUCGUCCAUGGGCUGACCUGCUGCGCCCGGAAAACGGCGGUGGUAUUUCCAGCAUCAGCCUCGACAAAGACCAAUUCAAGGUGAUCCUCGAUGUGCAGCAGUUCAAGCCCGAAGAGAUCGAGGUGCAAAUCGUCGACAAGUUCAUCGUCGUCACGGCUAAGCACGAAGAAAAGAAGGACGAGCAUGGCUUGAUCUCCAGGCAGUUUGUGCGCAGAUACGAAAUCCCCGAGAACGUUGAUCCCAAAAACAUCACUUCCAACAUUUCGACUGACGGUGUACUUACCAUCGAAGCGCCCGUGAAAGAAAUGUCCGAGGGCAAGAACGUCCGCAAAGUCAAAAUAGAGUUCACUGGUAAGCCUGCGCUCAAACACACCGAAGAUACUACAACCUCUACGACCACCGAAUCGACUGCAGGCCAGUCGACAACUCAAUCUUCAAGUCCAAAAUCGGAGUAAAUAACUUUUAACUCCACCAUUUGCCUAUUCCAAAGCAUUUAUUAAUUCAUUUCAUACUCUGACUGAUGUUAUUAAAUUUUUUCUUGAAUGAAUGCCAAUUACAAUGUAUACGUCGAACUUCGUUUGAGUGAUGAUCAAUAAGUUAUUUGAGUAUAACUCAAUACUAAUUUUAAUAUGUUUACGUGAGGAUAUUUUGGGAGCUUUUCUAUAUCUUAUAAGUAAUUGAACUUUUGUGCCACACUGUUUUUCUUAGUAAUACAAGAGUGUAACGUUAUAGCAAAUAACUUAUUAAAGAUUAGAAAUUAGUCACUUCUUUUCAAAAAAUUUUGUAUUGUAAAUUUGUA